AUGUCAGACAACGAUAUACCGAUGCCAUUCCUAAUAGGGAAACUUCCACCACCACUACAAAAUGGACUGCAAAAUGGAACUGGAGUGACAUUCGGGCGUGCUUGGUUACUGGAGCUGGCUUCUUCAUGGCAGCAUACGAUUUGUUUGCCAUGAAUCUUGUAAGCUUAAUGCUCGCAUACGUCUAUCGCUCAAAACAAAAGGAACUUACUGAAAAUGAAGAACUGCGUUUGAAAGUGAGCGCCCAGAUUGGAGCCAUUAUCGGCCAGGUGCUUUUUGGGUAUUUGGCGGAUCGAUAUGGAAGAAAAAGGAUGUAUGGUCUAGAACUCAUGCUUUCUAUAGGAGCAACGAUAAGUUCUAUAUUAGUGGGGGAUAGUCCAACAGUGACAAUUUUCGGUAGUCUAAUUUUCUACAGAUUCAUCCUUGGUAUUGGCGUGGGUGGUGAUUAUCCACUCAGUGCAGUUAUUACGGCCGAGUAUUUCUCCCAGUCAGAAAAUAGAGGGACAUUGAUGGCAGUGGUUUUUGCCCAACAGGGCUUGGGAAUUCUUUGUGCAGCCUUGGUCUCUACAUCCAUGCUCGCGGCGUUUCGUUCUUCUAUCGACAAAAAUCCAAAUAGCCUAGACUAUGUCUGGCGUCUUGUUCUUGGAUUUGGAGCCAUUCCUGGCGGGGAACCCGAAAUGGCCAAGAAAAUAUAG